AUGGGGACGGGAGACUUCGACGACGGCAACUUCUGGCUGAUCAUUGAUCCUGAUCCAACUCUGACGGCUAUUAACGCGAUGGUCCUGGCGAUAUUGGCUCUUAGUUACGUUCAAGUUCUAGUGAAAAUGACAAUACGGAGGAAUUCCCGACUUAGGAUCACUCCCGUUGGGCCGACGGAGGAAGAAGUUCACCGACAGUGGGUGUCCAAUGUGCCUUACGUUGGCAUAUAUCUACAUCAAGCCGCAGUCUUUGGGGUUGAGCUUACAGGCUACUACGGACGAUAUCGGAAGUUCUGGAACGUCCUUUUCAAGGUCGGCGACCUAGUUGUUGAAACUAUACAGCUACAUCACCUGUUGGAGGCCGGCUUCUCCGCUAGUUUGUCCUACGGUUAUUCAGCUCUGAUCGCGGCGAACUGCUUAAUGCAAGCGUUUUUCAUCCUAAACCCCGUCAGACAUCACACUGCAUUCACCGAGGUCCUGGUCGACACUGUCUUUGAUAUGCUGUUCGCUAUCGGUUGUCCGAUUUUCCUGUUAGGGUACUCGUAUACUACGUUCGAUCUUGACCGGGCCGUAGCAAGACUCUACCUGAAGGUGUUCUUCCCUGGCAGCUUCCAGCGGCAAGCCAGGAUGCAGGCAGACCCGAUAGGGACCACGCUUUUCCGCUUCUCCUUCGACUCAUUGCGCACGCUGACGUGGUCAGAUCUGGUCAUUCGACUGGCAAUGAAUAUUGCGUUUAGCUAUCGACUGUCACGACUGCGGUCAGUGCCACGAGGGGUUGGCGUUUUAUUCGUGGGGGCAAGCAUUUUUGCGCUGGUGUACACAUCACGGUGCAUUUCCGACUCUCAGGGAGACUGUAAAGCUUACCCCGAGUGUGUGGCGUUCGCAUAUCGCUGGGAUAAUCGAGACGUUUGCCCGUGUCUAGCGAUCGUUGACGUGGAUCGAGCUCCCAAGACGUAUGAAGAAUGGAUCCACCCCUUGGAUGUCACGGCUACGGUGAGAUCACUCGCUACGUCGGGAGAUCUGGAAGUACUGCAACUGACGAAUAGACAGAUGGUCACUUGGCCCGAAGAACUCCAGCGCUGUGUCAACCUCGAAUACCUUUCAUUGUACUACACCGGCGUCGAAGUCGUGCCAGAUUGGUUUAAGGUGUUUCACAAUCUCCAGUUCCUCGAUCUGCAAGGCAAAUUUGGCGACACGAACAUCGUCAGUAUGCCUCCAGAUGCGUUCCUCAACAUGGGCUCCUUGACCUUCAUGCACCUCGGCUACCUCCAGCUGCUACCAGAAUUGCCCAGCUUUGAAGGCCUCUGCAACCUCAAGAGCAUGUCCCUGGCGCUGCUGUACUCCUUGACUGCUCUCCCCGCUCUUAUGCCUCUGGCCAAACUCCAACAACUCGAGCUCGUGUCACUAAACUCUCUUCAAACAUUGCCAGAAGUCACGUCAAACCACCAUCUCUCGCACGUUGUGGUCUGGCAAGCACAACUGUGUUGCAAUGGGUUUCUUGGAGCCUGCAAUACGUCGGCUCCUGUUUGCAGCGGAAUGCCAGCGAGUGACUGCCUCACGCCUUCCGACCGCCCAAGUGCCGAGAGUCUGGGAAUUAUCGCGACUCAGCCGGAGGUGUGUGCCAAGAACGCCCCGUUCAUCCCUCCAGCCGAACCUCCGCUAAAGUCUCAGGUGGACGCGUGUGGAGGUGUCUUGUACCGUCAGUGCCGCGAUACAUUGUUCGCUUCGGAGCCCGUGGGCAUGUGCAUCAACAACUUCUUCCAAGUGAUCGCGUGCUCCUCGAUCGACAAGUUUUCGAUCUAUGUACGGCAGCAAGAGAUUCUUUACGGGAUCGGGACCCCGUGCGACCCCAAGGAAGAAGCCUGGCUGGGCUGCAACAAAAGGCAAUAA